CGGGCGGUGCUGUGUUUAGAGGGGCUGCCAUGUUAGACUAUAAUGUCUUGACAUUUUGGGGACGGAGGAUCGAUCUACAGUAUUAUAGCAUACCAGUGCCGGACCCCAACGGGCCAUGGCCCAAAUUAUUUCCCCGCACACCCCCCGGGCCCCCAACCAAAAAAAAGGGAAGUCCAAAAGUUCACCCUCCGGGUCAAGAGCGUCGUCCUCAUCGCAGUAGAGUAAGAGCUUUUCCAUCGCAUCGCCAUCUUCAGUCCUGCAUUCUUAAUUCUCCAGUUCAGUCUUCACCCUGUCAGCUGUCAACGGUGUAGAAAUUGGGCGUUACCGUUAAUCUUAGCAGGUAAGUGUAACGGUGAAAAGCCUAAUAGUGAAGCUAAUUAAUGGCAACGCUCUGCACAUCUCUUUCGAACCCGGCACCACCUCCAAAUUUUCAUCUCUCGUCCCUCGGAACCAUUUCGGGUCGGACCCAUGUUCAAUUUUUACCCGCCUCCACCCUCACCACCAGAUUAUCUUUACUCUCUCUCACAACCACACGCCAUCCCUUCAGAACGACGACGAUUAGGAUGGGUGGUGGGCCCCGAACAUACCCAGGAGGCGUUUCAAAGUGGCAGUGGAAGCGAAUGCAGGCCAAGAAAGCUAAGCAGCUCCUCAAGGCCCGCUUGGCCCGCGAACGCCAAAUCUAUGAGAUGCGAAAGCGGGCCGAACUCAAAGCCGCCGUUUCCGAGCUCGAGAGACCUUGGGAGGUUGUCGAGAAACCUCCUACUUUGUUCUCCGUCACCGCUGAUGAGCAGUUGAAGGUAUUGGCUGAUCGUUUCCAGAAACCCGGUGGGUUCGAUAUGUGGUCUGAUAGGGAUGGCCCGGAACUGUUCAAAUCCCACGACGGGCUUCCCUCAUCUCGGUUUUUCCCUAAAGGGGUCGUUCAUAGCGUCAAGCCUUAUGGGAAAAUUGAGAAUUUAGAUGACAUGUCUGAUGAUGAGUUGUGGGGCGGGAAUUCCGAUUUUGACUUGGGUCGGGGCUCCGCGGAGGAAGGUGAUCAUGAAACGGCACUUCUUGAGCACGGGAUUAAUGGCAAACAUGCUAAGAAGAGGAGAAAUGGGGCGAACGGGGAAAAGAACUUAAGUACUCCAAACGAAAAGAACUUGAAUAAUCUGUCCAAUGAGGGCUCCAGGGGGAAGAAUUGGAGAAGUAAGCUAAGAAAGAAUCAUAAUGGAAAUGUCAACUUCGGUGAUUCAACAAAAGUUGGACAGGUUAGGGAGGGUUCAUGGACAGAUCAUGGAAUGAGCUCCAACUGUAAAGACAGUAGGAGGAGGCCUAAUGGUAGGGAGAAAGCUAAAGAUUCAGAAUCAGCGGUCUUUGAUUUGUCUAUGCAGAAAGAUGGAAUUUACGGGAUACAGCAAGAGAACAGACCAUAAACAGUUAUGUUACCAUAAUUCAGUUGAAAAAGUAGUAGAUUCUAGCUGCAUUUUCAUGGGUGGAUAUUAAAGGGGAUGCGUUAAUGGGAGGAAAUGUUCAACAAAAUCAUGAUUCGCCUGGGGGCAAUGGAAAAGAAGAGCGCUGACUUUCUGGAUAAAUUCCUUACCGGCAGGGGAUUCCUUUUUAUGUGACGUGGGUGAUAAAAUCUGAAGUGAUUAAACUGUUUGUAUCCAGUACCUGGUGCGGGCGCUGCGAUGGAGUGGCCGUUGUCUGUGGUGAUGUGAAUGAUUUCACAUUAGCAAUUUCUCUUUAAUCAUGGAAAGCACAGGUCCAAAUGACCCUAAGUCUAUCUUUGCUGGUGCCAUUCAACGCCCAAUACAUGGUGCUUUGACUAGUGCUGUCACCACCACUGUAAACACGUAGGGUUUCAACUCCAUCAUGGUUUGUGGAUACCAUUCUAUGCAUGGAAUUCUUAAUUAAUGUUUAUGAUUUUAGACAAAGUUUGUGGUUCAAGAUGACCCAAGCUACUAGAGAUUCUGCGGCGUGGUUGGAGGUCUUCCGAUUCAGUGUUAGCGAGAAGAUACUGCAAUUUAUUGGAAUUCGAGUAUCUAUUCAUCUCUCUCUUCUUUCA